AUGAUCUACCAGUCGCAGAACCCCAAGAUCUCAUUCCCUCCCAAGCAGACCCUUUGGUCAUGGCUUUUGGAGUCCAAGCCUCUGUCUUCUGAUAGCAAUGCCCCAGGCUUCACUGAUGCUCUCACCAAAGAGCACAUCAGCUUCAAAUCUCUCAAAGACUACGCAACAACUUUAUCAUCUGCUCUUGUUACCAACUAUAAUAUCAGUGAAAAUGACACUGUUGUUGUAUUUGCGAAAAACUCCAUUUGGUACCCUGUAGCGACACUUGCUGCCGUUCGCGUUGGAGCAGUAGCUUGCAGUAUAUCACCCGAGUACACCGUUAAUGAGUGUUAUUACAGUCUGAGAACUAGCAAAGCUAAAGUCAUUUUUGCGACGGUUGAUAACUUUGAUACAGCCAGCGCUGCAGCCAAAAAGGCCGGGAUUGCGCCAGAGAAUGUCCUGCUGCUAGAGGGUUCCAGUCAAGGCGUCACGAGCAUUCAAGGUAUACUCAAAAGCUCAAAGACUCUCGCCGAGGCACCUGCCUCCCAAAUAGCGGACGGAAAGUCGAACCGGGAUAUUUGUGCUUCUCUCUGUUUCAGCAGCGGUACUACGGGCCUUCCAAAGGCAGUCAUGAUCUCGCACGCCAACAUUAUCGCCCAAUGCAUCCAAACAGCUGAUAUCACGCUCCCUGAUCACAAUCGAAUUCUGGCAGCCUUGCCAUUCCAUCACAUUUCAGGUAUAAUACAUCAACUACACCUACCCAUACACCUAAACGCCAAUGUCUACGUCUUAGCCAAGUUCACCCUGGACUCAUUACUCAAGACGGCCUCUGAAAACAAGAUCAGAGAACUUAUCAUCGUUCCUCCGAUAUUGAUCAGACUAGUACGAGAACCGGAGCUUGUGUCGAAGUAUGAUCUAUCUCAUGUUGAACGAUUCUCAUCCGGCGCAGCCCCUCUGUCUCGAGAGAUUUUGAGUCUUCUUGAGAAGGCUUUCCCUGGGACCGGGUUUAGGCAGGGCUAUGGUAUGACCGAGUCAUGCUCGACGAUUACAUCGCAUCCCCCUUCCAAGUAUGCUUAUAAAUAUGGCGAUCGAGUCGGUAUGCUGGUAGGAUCAACAAAGGUUCGAAUUGUGGAUAUCGAUACUGGUGAAGACUGUGAAGUUGGCAAGGCAGGUGAGAUUUGGGCUCGUGGGCCACAAAUAGCCAUGGGUUAUCUUGAUAACCUCGAGGCAACCGAAAGCACAUUCGACAAGGACGGCUUCUUACAUACCGGUGAUAUAGGCUACUUCGAUCAUGACGGGAUGCUGGCCAUCACCGACAGGCUGAAGGAAAUAAUCAAGGUUAAAGGCAUUGGAGUUGCUCCAGCAGAGCUCGAGGGCCUUCUUCUCGGACAUCCUCACGUCGAUGAUGUUGCAGUGUGCGGUGUUCCUGAUGAACGGGCAGGUGAAAGGCCCAAAGCGUUUGUUGUUCUCAAGUCUUCUCAAGACCUAAGGCCGGUGGAAGCUGCAAAAGGGAUUUUUGAGUAUGUUAGGAAGGAAAAGGCGCGACACAAGUGGCUCAAGGAGAUUGAGCUUGUGUCUACAAUACCAAAGAGCCCGGCUGGUAAGAUCUUAAGGCGCAAGCUACAAGAUCCGGCUUCCAGUGCUAGUGGGAACAUAGUAGUCAGAGACUCUAAAGUUGUAGCUAAGCUGUAG